AAAAUUGGCUUCAAAGUUGCAGACUAUAAAUCGGUUGCAGAUUCUUCCUCGUAUAUCAUAGAAAUGGUGGAUUUUUGGUGAUUCUUGCGCUUUCUUUUGAGUCACUUUUGGACAUUUGCAAUUGAAACUCAAGCCCUGAAGAGCUUGAAGGAGGAGAAGGAGGAGGAGAGCGAAACUUAAAAAGGUUUUUUCUAGAUCGAGAAAGGAGAAGGGGGAUUGCUCUGUUUCUGUUUCUUACUCCACCGCCUUAUCUUCUGUGCGAUAGCAGAGAUGGCUUCAGAUCGUAAAAUUUAUUUGUUUGAGGAUGUUGCCAAGCACAGCCAAAUAAAGGAUUGCUGGCUUAUAAUCUCUGGGAAGGUGUAUGAUGUUACUUCAUUUAUGGAUGAUCAUCCUGGAGGUAGUGAGGUCCUGCUAUCUUCCACUGGGAAAGAUGCAACAAAUGAUUUCGAAGAUGUUGGUCACAGUGACUCUGCCAGAGAAAUGAUGGAAAAAUACUUCAUCGGUGAGAUCGACACUUCAACUGUUCCACAGAAACGUCGAUAUAUUCCGCCUCAGGAAGCAGGUUACAAUCCUGAUAAAACACCGGAGUUUGUGAUCAAGAUAUUACAGUUCUUGGUACCUCUGUUGAUCUUGGGUUUAGCAAUUGCUGUACGACACUUCACAAAGAAAGACUAACCAAUUAAUUCUUGCCUCUCUUUAGUCAAUCAUAGAGCCCAUUGGUUUCUUCUGCCUCACUAGAUUUGGUAACUUUGAAGAGGAUUUGAAACUGUUUUUUGUUUGGUCUUGUGGCCUUGUUAGUGGAUUGAGACCAUCAUAUAGGGAAAAUGACGCAAUUAAAAUCAAUUGUGGUUUAUGAUAUAUGGAGUUUUAUUCUUUUGAA